CACAGCCGGAGCGGUGUUGUUGCUGUGGGCAGCCUGUGGCAAGUUGUGAUGCGCGCUCGUCAGAGCUCGUCGCAUGAGUUCACCGGUCUCAAUCGAGCAUUUUGGAAGACUUAAAGGUAACCCGGCAGUGCCUAGUCAGCGAGCUUCACCUGUCGUUUCACCAAAGCCUGCUCCUUGUCCCCGCCUAGCGGGCGGCUCACGCAGGUUGGCGAUGCCGCCACCAUCGUCGACGAAUCUCUCGUGGCGGCCCAAGGGCCGCCGCCACCACCGCGACAGCGGCGGAAGCGGAGGCAGCACUAGAAACACCGGCACCGGUGGUCAGCAGAGACUCUUCCGCAGCCGGGAGUAUGGCUCACGAGUGCUAAGCAGUCUGAGUGAACUGCGCGAGAGUGGCAUGUUGUGUGAUGUGACUCUGCGAGUGGAUGGCGAGGAGUUUGCGCUGCACCGCGUGGUCCUCGCAGCCAGUUGCCCCUACUUUGCGGCCAUGUUCCACUCUGGCCUUGCGGAGGCGGAUCGCGGCACUGUCGAGAUACGGGGUGUGUCGGCGACCAUUGCCGAUCUGCUAUUCGGGUUCAUAUAUUCGGGUGAGAUCCUGAUAACGCGGGACAACUGCCAGGAUCUGCUCGCCGCCGCCAACAUGUUCAGGCUCGCCGACGUGGUUCAGGCGUGCUGCGACUUCCUUCAGAGGGAGCUGCACCCUUCCAACUGUGUGGGCAUCUUUCGCUUUGCUGAGAUGCACGCAUGCACCAACCUGAAGCUGGAGGCGAAGCGCUUCAUCGAGAGGCGCUUCACCGAAGUCAUCAACGAAGAGGAGUUCUACGAGCUGCCCACCGAGACCCUUCGCCACUUCCUGAAGAGCGAGGGGCUCAGCAUCGAUAACGAAUUUCAGGUUUUCGACGCCACCAUGAAAUGGAUCCUGCACAAUGUGCAAGAGCGGCGUUCCCUGUUCUUCGACGUGCUGGAGGCCAUCCGGUUCCCAGUGAUCUCGCGCAAGCAACUGGAGCAGUAUGUCGACACCUGCCCCGACAGGGAGCUACACGACGCUUUGCUCAAGUUGGUCCAAGACCUCAAGCCAGACCGUAGGCUCUGCAUCGACGGAAAGAGCAGUCAGUCGCCCGUGCAUUCACUGGCUCCUGACUCGAAGAUCUGUUUCCAGCUCCGGCUGGAAGAAGCCUUCGCGGCUUACAUCAGGGCUGAUGCAGUCCUGAUACAACCCUGA